GUUGUGUGUACGCGAACCAAGCCUCCACACUGUUUCUUCACCGGAGGCGAACAAUUAAAGCAGUCGGUCUCCAAGAAAUAGGUCUGCGACUGCUGGGCAGAUAAAUUAGUUGGCAUCCACUUUCUGUAGCCUAUGGAGGGUAAGUUCAGCUCGCAGGGGACCAAAUUCUGGGGAUGUAUAGAGGCAGGACGCACGACGCAGCACAGCUCGUCAUGCCCUGAAGUGAAUCACGAUGGGAUUUCUCUUGUGACGUGAAAUUUAGGUUAGAUGCAAUUGGACAUGGUUUGCGCGCUGUAGAUUUACCAGCAGCUGUGAGAGCUGAUUUUAAAACCACUUUUCACCAUCUCUUGGCUUUGCUCUUCUUUUUUGCUUUGAUACUUCACUGAAAAUGUAGCACGCUUAUAUCAAAAGAAGAAUUUCACUAUAGAGUUUUGCACCCAGGACUUGCAUUAUAUGUUGUUUUUUGUAUAAAGCGCAGAGAGUGGCUGCGCUUUUACGUAGAAGCGCUGGCUGAGUGCGCCGGUGAAGUCAAAUGUUUGCAAAUGUCUCUGGGAAGACGUUGCUUCGUGCUUCCUGCACCUUUGGACGCCACCGACGACGCAUGACUGUUUUUUUCCCAUCCACGAGUUGUUUUAUUUUUCAGGGCUUUCCUGUAGCAUAAAGCGUCUCUCGGAUGUGCGGCUGCGUUUUCAGCAGUCGGAGAGGUCUUGUCAGCUUCAGCACAGUUCCUGCUCGUCGCGCGUGGAUGGGCUCUGCUCGUGUCUCUUGUAAGCCCUAACUACAAUGGCAUCUCACGGUUUCUGGUCUCUUGGCGGAGAUAAUGCGGGGGCCAAUACCGGGAGCCAGAGUCCCAAUACACCCAGGGCUUGGUGCCAAGCGGCGGCUCAGAAAUUAUCCGGAGGAAUUGGAUCGAAAUUAUGUGCACUGCUCAAUGUCGGGGAGGUGGAGAAGCCCGCCGAGCCGCCGCAGACGGCUGCUGGCACCUGCGACUGCAACAAAUCUUGCAACUGCACCAAAGCGGCUGUGGUCUUCUCCGACCUCUAUUCAACAGACCUGUUACCUGCCAUGGACGGUGACAUCAAAACGAUGACCUUCCUGCAGGAAGUCGUGGAUAUUCUACUGGCCUACGUCGUGGAGUCUUUCGACAGGGAAACGAAGGUGAUUGAUUUUCAUUAUCCAAACGAGCUGCUUCAGCUGAACAACUGGGAGCUGCGGGACCAGCCUGCGACUCUGGAUGAUAUCUUGAUCAGCUGUCGCGCUACUCUCAAGUACGCCAUCAAAACAGCCCACCCCAGGUACUUCAAUCAGCUCUCUACGGGAUUAGACAUGGUUGGACUGGCAGCCGAUUGGCUAACAUCCACCGCCAACACCAAUAUGUUCACCUAUGAGGUGGCUCCUGUCUUUGUGCUACUGGAAUAUGUCACUCUGAAGAAGAUGAGGGAGAUCAUCGGCUGGCCAGACGGGCGAGGAGAUGGCAUCUUCUCUCCUGGUGGCUCUAUUUCUAAUAUGUAUGCCAUGCUGCUGGCUCGCUUCAAGAUGUUCCCUGAAGUGAAGGAGAAAGGAAUGUCAUCUGUUCCCAGACUGGUGGCCUUCACAUCUGAACAUAGCCAUUUUUCAAUCAAAAAAGGAGCAGCAGCUCUUGGCAUCGGGACUGAAAGUGUGAUCUGCAUCAAAGCAGAUGAAAGUGGUAAAAUGAUCCCAGCUGACCUUGAGAGGAGAAUACUGGAGGCGAAACAGAAGGGCUUUGUGCCUUUCUUUGUUAGUGCAACUGCUGGAACAACAGUGUACGGAGCAUUUGACCCUCUCGUUGCCAUUUCUGACAUCUGCACAAAGUACAAGAUCUGGAUGCAUGUUGACGGUGCAUGGGGAGGAAGUCUACUCAUGUCCAGAAGACACAGGUGGAAGCUGGAUGGAGUGGAGAGGGCCAAUUCAGUAACAUGGAACCCACACAAGAUGAUGUCAGUCCCUCUGCAGUGUUCUGCCCUGCUGGUCAGAGAGGAGGGUCUGAUGCAGAACUGCAACCAGAUGCACGCCUGCUAUCUGUUCCAGCAAGACAAGCACUACGACCUUUCCUAUGACACUGGAGACAAAGCGCUGCAGUGUGGACGCCAUGUGGACAUCUUCAAGCUGUGGCUCAUGUGGAGGGCCAAGGGUACCAUUGGGUUCGAGGCUCAGAUUGACAAGUGUCUGGAGCUGUCGGAGUACCUCUACAACAAGAUCAAAGGCAGAGAAGGAUAUGAGAUGGUCUUUGAUGGGAAACCUCAGCACACCAAUGUCUGUUUCUGGUACCUCCCUCCUGGGAUCCGCUAUAUGGAGGACAAAGAGGAGAGAAAGAAGCAUUUGCACAAGGUGGCUCCAGUGAUAAAGGCCAGAAUGAUGGAGUACGGGACAACCAUGGUCAGCUAUCAGCCACAAGGGGACAAGGUCAACUUUUUCCGCAUGGUGAUCUCAAAUCCCGGUGCUACCUAUGAGGACAUUGACUUUCUUAUUGAGGAGAUUGAACGACUUGGCCAGGAUCUGUAAGACUCAUUUCACCAACUCCUCCUGUGUGUUUCCCCUUGAUGGAUGAACUGUUUGUCGUGAAUGUACUGGUAAACUUUUUCUUUUCUCUCUUGUUCCUUCAAAAUCAGAUAUUUCAGAGUAUAUUUGAGAAAAAAGAUAUUGAGAUAUAUCCAUAUAUUAUGUAUUGUAGCUUUGCCGUGGACUAACUUGGUCCAAAGCUAUGUAAAAGCGCUUCCGUCUGCCUUUCCUAUAGUGUAUGUAGUAUAUCCCAAAGUAGUGUAAGUGAUGUAACUUUCUAUAUAUUUUUUGUGAUAUGAAAUGCUUGUGCCAUAGGUCGAUGAGGAAGAGUUUAUUUUUAAAUCAUUUCUCAUUUGCCCAGUAUGUCGUUAAAUGUGGUUGUGUUCUGUUGUAACUUGACAUUUUAAACUUAUGGUUUUAAAAGAACAAAAGCACUUCACCUUACCUCAGCUUAAUCAACUGCCUUUACAUCUGCACAUAGUACUUCAAGCAGUUCACUGGACAGAUUCUCUUAACUGGCGUAUAGCAGUAUCGGCUCAUGUUUGGUAAGUGUCCCGACCAGAGUGAGUCACAGUAUAGAUUUGGGAAUAUUCACAUGAAAAGAAAGUGAGGAAAAUCCAUCAAAAUGACUCGACAGCAAAGUUGAAUCAGAGUAUUUAUGCACUCAUCAGUCCUUAGCCUUUGACAGUUUUAUUAAGACUUUUUAUUCUAUGUGUAUUUUUCUGGUAUAUUUAAGGUGGUAGAUGCUUGUUAAACCCAUCUUGUUCGAUGUCACCAGCUCUCUACAUGCACAUAUCAAACAUUUCCAACCUGGCUGUAUAUUUAAUUGUGCUGGGUGUGAUUUACGUGUCAUAAUGAUGAUCAGAUAUGAGAAUAAACAGCACUUCAGAGGUAACAUACAAUUAUAACUAUUAUACGAUUAUAAUUUUCAGUAUAUCAAACUCAAUUUAAUGGCCAACAUAUUUCAGCAGUUUAGUGUAUUUGCAUACUGUAAUUGAUGCUCUGUGUUACUGUACAGUAGUAGUAUUCACUGUCACCUCAUGUUCAGGAUUCAAAUUUUUCUAAAGCAUGUCAUCAGAUGCAAAAGACACUUUGCUUAAGAGUUUAGUAUUAUCUUGUCAGAUGAUUAACUUCCUUCUUUAGCUGUUUUUUAUUAAAACAGUGGGACAAGAUUCAUCCCGGCAGCCACAGUUUUAGUUUAAUUGUAAACAGGUAAAGCUGUACUUUCCAGCAAGGCUGGGUUGCCAACUUGGCAAACUGCAGCUGCAAAGCGGCUCCAGACCUGUUUGUUUUGGUAAUUUCAUUAAUUGCAAAUUUGUUAAGAAAUUUGUUAUACUAAGAACCAAUAUUUACGGGUCCAGCAUUAUUAAGACUCUUUCCUUUUUUAUAUUUUAGUUUAUUUUAUUGUAUAUUUUAGAUUACAUUGAGUUAAGGAUGUAAUUAUUUAAUUUGCCACAAACUAACACUAGUGUUGAUUGCAGUGGAUAUCCAGAGUGUACUAGGUGAGGGGGUCAGUAGGAGCCCAAAAGCAAAUUUUCACCCCAGGGCCCACUAAAAAGUUAAUACAGCCAGUGGGCAGUGAGGCCAAUGAGCAACUGCACAGCUGACUGUGGCAACUAUUCCAAAAUUGCCUUGCAGUCAGCUUUGGCAUUUCACAUUCUGGGACCUGUAUUAUUAAAAUCCACCUGGUGUUAUCACCAGUUACUAACAGGUGAUGCCAAAUAAGCCAGGACAGAAAUCUUAAGGCUUAUAACCUUGAAUCUGUAAAGUUGUCAUUUACAGGACCACUCUUAAAGAAGUUGUUAGUCAGUGGACAUUUUUGAAGGAGCAUUUAAGAAAGAUCAAAUAAUCUGAGAAACUGGGAUGGGAAAGGGGCAAUAACCAAGUUCUUUUGACAUGGGGACCUCACCUCAUUUCUAGCUGCUGUAAACCUGACAUCACUUGCACUAAAUCAUCAGGGGAGGAAGAGCAUCACUUAGUAUAUCAACUGAGACUUCUUCCUUAUUCAUUCACAAGCAAUAUUUGAGUCAAAUCUAUAGACCCUGCUAAAUAGAAAAACAGCUAAUUCAAGUGUUCACUCAGAAUAUACUGAACUAAAAUCACACUCCCUGUUGAUGGAAUGUGAACUCUCAUUUAACAAGAGGUUCUGUAGCAUUUUCAUUAGAACAAUUUAGGAAAGCACAAUUUGCUCAACAUGCUCAGUGUACAAUCACUUUUGAUCAUAAAUUGUAAAUAGUAUUUCAAGAUAUCCUAAGUACAUAUCUUUGUGUAUACAUAUGUGUAUAUAAGAUAUAUCUGGAGACUAUUUGUGAAGUUAAGCUAUUCAUAGUUUCUCUAUUUUGAAUUUAGAUUACUCGUAUUUUCAUCCGUUAGUCCAAACGGCUGUGUGUAUGUAUGUUUACUUGGUUUGUGACUAGCUAUUCAAAGAAAAUGUGUUUCAGGGACUGGCUUUAAAGAAACAGAUAGAUUUCACCUCGAAAUAUUUAUGAGUCUUACUCAGAGAUGAAGAGUGAUACUUUGUAUUUUAAAUGAAUAUGCAAAGCCAUUUUGAGUCUGAAGCCCUGUGUUUUUGUGCACAAGUGAUACUUGACAGUAUGUGCCAUGUACCUUAGUGUGUUUGUAACUGUGCUGCCUUAGUAGCAAUUUGCCAGUAUUGUCUAGUUUAGCUCCAAACUGGAGCUUGUGCACUUUAGACUAUACAUAUGACCUUAUAGCGUACAAUGUCCAAUGGCUGUUCAUACUUUGAUGUUAAAAAAUUUUACUCAAAAAUAUAACUUAAACUCUUAGGUCGAAUGUGUCAUGAGUCAAGGGUCUGUUGGAUUUAAUUAAGUUUUUUUUCUAGCAGUUUGGACAUAUGGGCCUUCUUAUUUAAAUCCCAACAGAGAGUAGCUGGUGUUUAAAAGAUUUAUUAGUCCAAUAUCUGUUCGUUCUCCAAACAAAAUUGUCAUACACACUGUGACACGGAAAACAUCAGAUUUAUUACAGCAACAAAACAGUCUCACUGUGGUAGUAGUCUUGGAAAGCCAAAACUUUUGUUUCUCUUGCUGCUGCUAGACUUGCUUCAUUUGCACGUGCAUGCGAUGCCUUGCCUGUCCAGCUCGUUUGAUAUACAAUAUCCUAUAUAUCUAUUUAUAUACCGUAUGUAUAGCUUCUGUAAUUAGCUUUAGUGUCCGAUGUAUAGCUUAGCCUGUAGAUUAGUGCACUGUCGCUCUAGCCUUUACAUGUGAUCUCUCUGUCUUGGGCUUCCUGUAAAGUUUCUCUGUGCUGCAAGCAUGCAAACUCUGCCUAGCACUGUAUUCUCUCCACGCUUGAUCUGUCUCUAUUUUCUGUCUUUCUCUUCUGCUUGAAGACUGUCGCAGCUCAGAAUAUUAUACAUAUAUAUGUUUGUGUGAUUGUGUAGUCCUUCAGCAUGUCUUUCUGAAAGCUCUUCUCUGCUCUGCGCCUGUAUGAUCUUUUCUUACUUUCUCUUUCGCUUUGACCUUUGGUAGCAGUGACAAUGUAUCUUUGUGCUUCUUCUAAUGUUGGCUGUCUGCUGCUGUUCUGUUUGUACAUCUGAGAGAGUUUGUUGACUUGUGUCACGGUGCCAUAACACCACUGUUUUUGAUUUAGUUUUACCAAGGCCCUUGACUCAAUGAGAUGUAUGCUAAAUUAUAAGAUUUGAAUUUGAUUGUCCAAAAACUUGUCCAGUGCAGGUAUUGUUAUCCCUUUAGAUGGAAAUUAAGAAAACAAUUUUUAUCUGGUUUCUUGCUUACAGAAAAGUUUGUUAAUGAGAAACAAGGAUAUCCCUGGUCCUCACAGUGCUGGUAAUUUUCACUAAAUAUGGUGCAAUUUUGAAUCCUGUUCUGCAAAUUGCUGUGCUAGCUUCUCUCAGACACUCAUUUGUCCUGAACUAUGUGUUACUCUUGGGAUAACUGAAAUAAACCUUGUCCAAACAAAGAUUAA